AUGUUUUAUAUAAAAGAAUUAAUUAAUAAAAAUUAGAAUUUAUAGUAUGGAGAGAUUAUUAUAUUAUUAGAACUGUUGAAUAAAAAAUUAUUUAGAAUUGAUAAUUUUAUAAUCAACCUAUAUAAAUUAAAUUAAUCUUUUGAUUUACUAAAGGGAGUAAUUUUUUUAAGAGAUGCAUUUAAAAAUAAUUUAGUACACUUAAGAUAAUAAGAUUUUAUAAAUAAUUUAAUUUAGUAUAAUUAGAAAGACUUAUAAUCUCUAAGAAUAUUAUUUGGUAGGGCAAAUUUUGAAAAAUUGCUUUCAAUUUUAAUAAAUAAAUACCUUCUUGAAUCAAUUAAGAAUAAACGUGAUUACAUGAAAGUAUUAUAGAACCUAAUACCAAUUUGUCAUGGAAAAUAUGAAAAGAGAACUCAAUUAUUCAGAGUUAUGUUUUUUACUUUAAGUCCUUGGUUAUUAAACUAUUUGAUCAUAAUUAAUAAUUAAAAGAAUAUUACUCUUGGUAUUUAUAAAAUAACUUUAAUAAUUAUUUUUACUAUAAUCGAAAAAUAAAAGGAAAGUUGGGUUAGAUUCUUGCUUAUUAAUUUAAAUGAAAUAAUAGAUCGUGAUUGUUAUGAUUUUAAUUAGAUAUGGAAAGCAAAAGAAAGAUAAAUAAGUAGUAAACUAAAUUAUAAAUAUUAAUUAAUUAAAUUUUUAAAUUCUAAAAAACAUCAAAAUUUAGAAUAAGAAUGUAAAUAAUUAUAUGAGCUGGAUUAAGGUUAUUAUAAAGAAAGUUUAGGUAAAUUAGAUUACUUUAAUAAUAUAUCUUUAAAUCCAACUUACUUUCUGUAAUAGGAAACAUUUAAUUAAUGUCCUUAAAAUGGAAAGUUUUCUCUUGAAGAUUUUAAUAUAUCAUUAGCAGAAACAACAAAAGAAUAAGAGAUAAAAAUAGUUUAUGAUUGGAUGGAGAAUACAUCUGAUAUUAAAAGAUUUUAGUAAUUAGUUCCAUUUUUUUUUAAUAUUAUUAAGAGAGGAGAAAGUUCAAAAAAAUUGUUAUCAAUUAUUACUGAAUAUAGAAACAAGUUUUAAGUACCUUUGAAAAUAGCAAAUAACAUGAAGGCAUUGUUUUAAUUACUUUACAAUAAUUCUAAUGAUGAAUUAUAAGUAAUGUUGUUAAAAUUAUAUAUGGCAAUGUAUCCUAUUCCUUUAGUUUUUUAAAAUCCAAAUUUAUAAAAUCUUUCUACUGAAUCAGAGUUAUAUAUAUUUAAUGAAAAAGUCUACUUUGUAUUUUAAACUUCUUAUUCAAUAAUUAAUUUUUCUUUAAGCUCAAAAUAAACAUAAAUUGGUAAAACAGAAUUAAUAAAUACUUUAUUUUAUUAAUAAGAAAAAUUUGAAACUUAAGACUCUUGUUAAUUAAGCAAAAAUACAAUUGAUAUAAUGUUUGAUAUAUAAUUUGGUGGAUCAAGAAAUUUUAGUGUUGCUGAUGUUCAUGGUUAUAUCCCCCAAGAUAUAAUAAGUAAAGUAUUACCAUUAUUUCAAAUAUGGAUUAUUUAAUUUGAUACUGAAAAAGAACUUGUAGAAAAUUUUAAAAAGCUUAAUUAAAUAAAAGAAACAAUACCAAAAACUAAUUCUUAGAUUAUUUUUAUAAUAAGAAAUUAUUAAGGAGGACUAGAAAACAAUCUAAUUAAUGAUGAAAGUAAGAAAACUUUAUAAAGUAUUGAAAAAGCAGGAAUAAAAAUACUUAAAAUUAUUGAUCUUACUUAAAAAGGUUUAGAUAAAUCAUAAAAAGAAUUAGAACUUUAGAAGGCAUAAACUUUUAUCUUUACUUAAAUUAACAAUUUAGCUAAUUCUCCUUAAUAAAUUAAUGAGACAGAUUUUUUAAACACAAUAUUAAGAUUUGAAAUAUAUUAAAUAUCUAAUGAAUAUUAAAAAAACAAAAAGUUACUAAAAGACUUAGAAAAUGAAUUAAAUAGAUUAAUACAAAAACCAUUAGGAUUUUAUGAUUCAGAAGCUUUUCCAAUUAGAGCUAUUGAGUUUAAGAUCAAAAGUUUAAGAGAAAAGUAAAUGUGUCUCAUAAAAUAAGAUAAUCAAAUUACUCCUAAAGAAUUAUCUAUUCAAAAUACUGUGGAAUAAGUUGACUUUAAUUAAAUUCCAAUCUAAGUUGAAGAAAUUAAAUUAUAAAUAAAAAUAUUAGAAGAAUCUAUUAUGAACACAGAAUUAUCGACUCUUUUAAAAUUAUUUUGUAAAAUAUUUAAGUAAAAUUCAUACUAUAAUUUAUAUUUAUAAUUUACAGAUUAAAUUAGAAAAUUUAAUGAAUUAAAUAUAUCUAAAAUGGUAGAAGAUAAUUAGAAAAUAAAUGAUGAAUUAAAAAAAUUGAAAAAAGAGAGAGAUUAAAUUAGAGGAAAAAAAGAAGAUUAAAAAUCUUAAUCUUAAUUAGAAAAUCAUUUAAAUUAUGAUGAAAAAUUAAAUGAAUAUAAAAGAAAGCAUGAUGAACUUACAAAAAAAUUAAAAUAAAAUUUAGAACAUAUUGGAAUUAGAAAUAUUGGAAUAGAAUUAUUUUGGAGAGAAUUGAUAGCAUUUAAUUAAAAAAAUUUGAAAGCUUCAUUAAAAAUUGAUCCAGUAGAUAAAGUCUAUGAAAUAAUAAAAAAAGGAGAACCAUUUGAAUUUUUAGAUGGAGAUUCUCUAAAAAUAAAUUCAACAUUUUUACAAUAACUAAAAAAUAAAUUUUAAAAUUAAGGAUAAGAAAAAGUUUUAAUAUUAAGUGUUUUAGGACCAUAGAGUUCAGGAAAAUCUACUAUUUUAAAUAAAAUUUUUGGAUGUCAUUUUUGGACAAGUGUUGGUAGAUGUACAAAGGGAAUUUAUUUAAACAUAUUAAAAAUAUAAUAUAAGGAAUACUUUAAUAAUCUAUUUGAUUAUAUCUUAAUACUAGAUUCAGAAGGAUUAUAAAAUCCCAAUUAGGUUGAUCCAGAGUUUGAUAAAAAGAUUGCUCUAUUUAUUUUAGCUAUUAGUGAUAUUAUUCUGAUAAAUGUUAAGGGAGAUAUUAAUGAUUCAUUUAAAAAUUUAGUUGAAAUGUGUAUAUUUACUCUGAUAACAAUGAAGAGUAACAUUUCUUCUAUUAAAUAAUUAAGUUGGUGUUUUAAUUAAAAUAAUGAUGGUAAUAAGUUUAUUCCAUUCUUAGAAUAAAUUUAAGGAAUUGCAAAUAAUUUGAAUCUAGAAUAUAAACAUGUAGAAGGAGAUGAUAACAAUUAAACUAUAGACUAUAAUGAAUUUCUGAAUAUUUCAAAGGAAAAUAUUUAAAUUCUAGGAUUUGCAUCAAUUGAAAAAUUAUGGAGAAAUAAAGAUAAUUUAGGUAAUUUUAAUGAUUGGAGAUAAUUAAUAAUUAAUGAAACAUAUUCAGAAGAAGCAUAUAUGUAUGGUAUAAGAAUGAUAAAGAAUUUUAUAAAUAAAUUUAAUUCAUAAACUGAAACAUCAUAAAUGUGCAGUUUGAGCUUAUUCUUAUAAAAUAUAAAUACNUUAGAUAAAUCAUAAAAAGAAUUAGAACUUUAGAAGGCAUAAACUUUUAUCUUUACUUAAAUUAACAAUUUAGCUAAUUCUCCUUAAUAAAUUAAUGAGACAGAUUUUUUAAACACAAUAUUAAGAUUUGAAAUAUAUUAAAUAUCUAAUGAAUAUUAAAAAAACAAAAAGUUACUAAAAGACUUAGAAAAUGAAUUAAAUAGAUUAAUACAAAAACCAUUAGGAUUUUAUGAUUCAGAAGCUUUUCCAAUUAGAGCUAUUGAGUUUAAGAUCAAAAGUUUAAGAGAAAAGUAAAUGUGUCUCAUAAAAUAAGAUAAUCAAAUUACUCCUAAAGAAUUAUCUAUUCAAAAUACUGUGGAAUAAGUUGACUUUAAUUAAAUUCCAAUCUAAGUUGAAGAAAUUAAAUUAUAAAUAAAAAUAUUAGAAGAAUCUAUUAUGAACACAGAAUUAUCGACUCUUUUAAAAUUAUUUUGUAAAAUAUUUAAGUAAAAUUCAUACUAUAAUUUAUAUUUAUAAUUUACAGAUUAAAUUAGAAAAUUUAAUGAAUUAAAUAUAUCUAAAAUGGUAGAAGAUAAUUAGAAAAUAAAUGAUGAAUUAAAAAAAUUGAAAAAAGAGAGAGAUUAAAUUAGAGGAAAAAAAGAAGAUUAAAAAUCUUAAUCUUAAUUAGAAAAUCAUUUAAAUUAUGAUGAAAAAUUAAAUGAAUAUAAAAGAAAGCAUGAUGAACUUACAAAAAAAUUAAAAUAAAAUUUAGAACAUAUUGGAAUUAGAAAUAUUGGAAUAGAAUUAUUUUGGAGAGAAUUGAUAGCAUUUAAUUAAAAAAAUUUGAAAGCUUCAUUAAAAAUUGAUCCAGUAGAUAAAGUCUAUGAAAUAAUAAAAAAAGGAGAACCAUUUGAAUUUUUAGAUGGAGAUUCUCUAAAAAUAAAUUCAACAUUUUUACAAUAACUAAAAAAUAAAUUUUAAAAUUAAGGAUAAGAAAAAGUUUUAAUAUUAAGUGUUUUAGGACCAUAGAGUUCAGGAAAAUCUACUAUUUUAAAUAAAAUUUUUGGAUGUCAUUUUUGGACAAGUGUUGGUAGAUGUACAAAGGGAAUUUAUUUAAACAUAUUAAAAAUAUAAUAUAAGGAAUACUUUAAUAAUCUAUUUGAUUAUAUCUUAAUACUAGAUUCAGAAGGAUUAUAAAAUCCCAAUUAGGUUGAUCCAGAGUUUGAUAAAAAGAUUGCUCUAUUUAUUUUAGCUAUUAGUGAUAUUAUUCUGAUAAAUGUUAAGGGAGAUAUUAAUGAUUCAUUUAAAAAUUUAGUUGAAAUGUGUAUAUUUACUCUGAUAACAAUGAAGAGUAACAUUUCUUCUAUUAAAUAAUUAAGUUGGUGUUUUAAUUAAAAUAAUGAUGGUAAUAAGUUUAUUCCAUUCUUAGAAUAAAUUUAAGGAAUUGCAAAUAAUUUGAAUCUAGAAUAUAAACAUGUAGAAGGAGAUGAUAACAAUUAAACUAUAGACUAUAAUGAAUUUCUGAAUAUUUCAAAGGAAAAUAUUUAAAUUCUAGGAUUUGCAUCAAUUGAAAAAUUAUGGAGAAAUAAAGAUAAUUUAGGUAAUUUUAAUGAUUGGAGAUAAUUAAUAAUUAAUGAAACAUAUUCAGAAGAAGCAUAUAUGUAUGGUAUAAGAAUGAUAAAGAAUUUUAUAAAUAAAUUUAAUUCAUAAACUGAAACAUCAUAAAUGUGCAGUUUGAGCUUAUUCUUAUAAAAUAUAAAUACCAAUUGGUAAACUAUAUGUAAUUUGCCAGAUUUAUUAGAGUUUACAGAAUUAAUAUCUUAUAAAAAAGAUUAGUUAAUGAAAAGUUUGUUUGAAUAAAUUUAUGAAGAGUAAGAUUUUAAAUUUAAAGAUGAAAUUGGAAAUGAACUAGAGGAAAAAGUAAACAAGAGCUCAACAAUAAAUUUAAGUUUGCUUGAAAAAAUCUAUAAUGAUGAAAAAGAAAACCUUAAAUUAAAAUUUAUUUAGAUUGAAGAAAGCCUAAAAGAAAAAUUACUUGAAUUUAAGUAAUUGAAUCAAAUCCCAAAAAAGAUUUUUCUAAAAUAUUUAAAAUAAUUAAGUGAGAGGCUUAAUACUACGAAACUAGAAUCUGAAGUUAUAGUAUUUGAAGAAAUAAAAAAUAAAGAAAGAGAGUAUUAAAACCAAAGAGGAUUUAAAUCUCUUGAUAAUUUUAUUCUUGAGAUUAGUAAAAAUGAGUAAAAAUUAAAGCAGUUUUAAGGCUAAGAAAUUUUAAUAAGAGAUUAAUUUGAGAAAUUAUGGUAAUAAAUUACUAAUGAUUCAGAGAAUAAGUAAAUAAAAAUAUUAAAAGAAUAUUCUGAAAAAUAAUAUUAAGCUAUUUCCUCAUUUACAGAGUACAAAUUGUUAACUAAAAAUGAAUUCGAUUAUAUUAAUUAUUUUACAGAACACAUAAAUGGGGAAACUCCUUUUAGGAAAGAGAAAGAAGAAAAGUUUAAUAUUUUCAAUAAGUUUUAAUAAGAAUUAUAAAUUUAAGAUUAAUUUAGAAUAAUUAUAAAUGCAAAAGAAACAAUGAGAUAUGUUGAAAUUUUCUAAUAAAAAUUGGAGAACAGAAUAAGAAAAGAUAAAACUAAAUACAAUGUAAUAAAAAUUAAUAACUAUUAUUUAUUUUAAAUCACCAUCUAUUUUGUUGAGAAAGAAAAAAUUAAUAAAUUAUAUUAAAGGCCAAAACAUAAUUAAAGAUUUAGAUUUGAUUUUAUAGAAAUUUCAACAAAAAUAACAACAAUAAUAAAAUAAUUAGAAAGGCACUUCAAAAUAUAAUUGUAUUAAUAAUCAGAUCUGGUAAUUGUUGAUUUUAAUAGAAAUUUUUGAUAUAGAUUUUGAUUAAGAGUUAAGGAAAUAAUUAUUCAAUGUAAUUAAUAAUCCCGCUAAAUGGAAAAUGCUAUGGUCAGACUAUAAUGAUUAAGUAGUAAACUCAUUUAAGAAAUUUUAAGCCAGUUUUAACUAUAACUCUAAUAAAAUAAAAAAAACAACUCAUUAGACAUAAGAUAAUUUUCUUAAAAGUAUCUAAGAGUUCAACAAAAAUUUGUUAAUAGAAAACUUCAAAGUUAGUUGUGGCAAUGAGAAAGAAGUUGAAGAAUUCUAUUCCGAAUUUUAAAUUAAUAAUUUCAUUAUAUUCAGAAAACAAUUAAUUAUUCCUAAAACGUAAAAUUAAAAAUUUUAUGCUUAUUUAGAAUAUAUUUAGUCUAAAAAUAAUUCUCAUUAUGCUAGCUUUUAACUAGAUUUCAUUAAUAUUUUUAAAUAAGAAAUGUUUGCAGUAGAUGAAGAAAUGCUAUAAAAUAAGAAUUAGUAGAAAAUUUCUGAAUUAGAUAAAAUAAAUAGUUGGUAAAAGAUUUAUUUUUCAAUUUAUGAUUUAAUUAAAUCAGAGAUGACGAAAAAUAAUUGCAAAGAGAAUGAAAAUAAAGAUAAUUCAGAUAAUGAAGAUAUUUCCUCAUCUAAUACCAGUUUGAUUAAAAUUAUAAUGUCUAAAAUUGAGUAGGAAAUAAUUGAAUAUAAUAAAGGUUUUGCUAAUUUUGGUAUAAUAUUAAAUGGUAUAGGCGAAAGAUGCAUUUAUUAUUAUUCUAUGUUAAUCAUUUGGAGAUUUACAUGUUAUAAGAAAUGGAAAGGAAUAUAAUAAAGUAAAAAGAAAUUCGAAGAAGUGAAAUAAAAUCAGUUAUUGAAGUUUAUAGCUGAUAUCAAAAAAAAUAAAACUGAAUAAAGUAAAUUAAAAGCCCAGAAUCUAAUAAAUAAUGUAUAUAAGGAUUUCAUUUAAAAGUUUUAUAAAGAAAAUGAAUUAGCUGUUGGUCAAGCUAUAAAAGAUAAAAAUAUGGCUUGCGUGGAUUUAAUUAAAAUUUUAGAUAAAAAUAUUUUGAAAGAUUAUAAGAAAGAGCAAGACUCUAAAUAAUAUACUGAUAUAUAAAUAUAUGAAUAUAUAACAAAAUAAAGAGAGUUUAUUGAAAAAUAUGCUUAAAACUAAGUUUAAAAAAUUUAAGCAGAAGUUAAUUAAACAUUUGAAAUUGACUUGAGAGAAAAAUUAAAAACAUUUUUAGGACAAAUUUUAAAAAAUGUAGCCAUAUUAGUGUCUCAUACUGCUCUAUAAGACCCUCCUGUAAAAUCAAUUGAUUAUUUUGAUAUUAGUAAGGAUGACAAAAACCAAGAUGUAUUCUAUGAAAUUUUAUUAUUUAAAUUGAUACUAUAAUGUCUUUAAGGUAAGUAAGAAAAAAAAGGAGUAUAAAAUCAAAAUGAAUUAGAAUAAGAUUAAAAUGUUAAUAUUAUAGAAGAAUAUAAGGAAAUUUUUCAAGUUUCAAAUUAUAAAGCAAUAAAUAUUCCUAUUUUAAACAUAUCUCUAUUUUAAGACUCAGAAUAAUAAAUCUAACUUUUAAAACCUUUUGCUGAUGAAUUAUAAAAUUAAUUGUAAAUUCAUAUUUCAUAAAUUGAUAAAAAGGUGAAAUUAGAUUUAAGCAAAUUCUAAAGUUAUUCUGAAUUAGAUACAAUAAGACUAAAUAUGACUGGUUGUCUUCAUUCUUGUCCUAUGUGUAAACGUAAAUGUGAUUAAUCGAAUUCUAGCGGUCAUAAACACAAAUGUUCAAAUGGGCACUAAUUAAGAGGUAUCUAUCUAUUCUAUAUUUAAGGGAUGAAUGGAAUAUUAAUUGAAAAUACUCCUUCUUUAUUCACAUGUGAUGAGAUGAAUGAUGAAAGUUUAAUUACAACUUUGGAAACACAAGUAACAAAAUAAUGGAAAGAAAUUAGAAGGACAUAUGAUGAUUGGAUUUUUAUAGGUAUAGGAGAAACAGAAUUAGAAGAAAAUAAAAUAAAAAUGAUGAAAGUUUGGAAUGAAGGAACAGGAUAGAUGGUAUGCCAAUAGUUAAGAUAAAUAUUAAAUAAUCCUCUAAUCUGUUUUGUCCCAAAAAAUAAUUAUUAAGAAGUGGUUAGACACCCUAAAAUUCAUUAUGUUUUUAUAAUUGAUGAUUCUGGUUCUAUGCUAGGUAAAAGAUGGAUAAAAGCAAAGAAAAGUUGUUUAUAUUGCAUGAAAGAAAUAUCUAAAAAUAGUAAUGCAAGAGUGAGUGUAAUCAUUUUUAACUAUCAAGCUAGAAUUAUUGUUGACUGUGAAAUAGUUGAUAUAGAUUAAUGCGAAUAAAAGAUUGAUUAUGAUAGUGGAGAAACUAAUUUUUGUGAUGCCUUUUAAAAGGCAUAUGAUUUGAUAAUCAAACAUUAAAAUUAUGCAUUCGAAAAGUAACACUUAUUUAUUUCAAUAGAACUGAAAUAUUAUUUUAUACUGAUGGAGCAGGAGAGUAUCCAAAAUAAGAAAUUUAAUAAUUUACUAUGUUUCCAGAGUAAUAGAGAGCAAGAAUAUUUCUUAAUUGCUGUACUGAAGAUAAGAAUCCUAUUACUUUAUAAAUGAUUGUUAAUGAAUUUAAUAGUAGUCUUAUUAAAUCUGAGUUAAAAAGUAACUUUUUAGUAGCAGAUCUAGAAAAAGCUUGGACUGAAAUAGUCAGUAGAGAUUAUCAUAAACUUAAAAGUUGA